CGCGGCUAAGAUCAGGCAAAAUCGGCGGAGAUGUUUGACACCUUUCCGCUGAAAUAUUCCCGGGAGUGCUGCUAGAAUUUCAUCUUGAUUUCGGGUUGCUCCGGUCAAGAGGGAACCCGACCACUUCGGCUCGCUUGGUGAAUCGGUUGACCGUUACGACGGAGGUCCGUAACACGUCCGUAAAGUUCACGCAACAUACAUGCGAUACGUUCGGCAAAGACCGUGUUGAAACAUCGAUCGACGCCGCGGGAGUGUUAAGUACGCGGGAAUGCUACUCUCUUGUCGCACGAGUCGUGCGACGUUGAUCGUUUUGAGUUCAGUGGGUUAGAAUAGUUGGAAUAUGUUCCUCCUAGCAGCAGGCUAAAUGCACAUAGCUGAAUAAGGAAAGAUUCCUCCUUCACACUUGGUGCCUCUCCUUCUGUCUGUCCUCCUCCCCCUCCCUUAGCUCUUUGCGGAGCUAUUGAUGAAGAUGAGUGGUGAAAUGUUCGAGGGAGAAGAUUAUCCGACUCAGUGGGCUCUCAAUCCGUCUGCUUAUCAAAACAUGAGUAACGAUCAAGUGGACUGGGCAGCAUUGGCCCAACAGUGGAUAAAAAUGAAAGAAACAAUUGUACCACCAGCACCACCGCCACCUGCCAUAAAUACCAUGUGUGCUGGCAACGAUGGCAGUGGUGAGGCUCCUAUGGAUAUGGAUACUAAAGACGACGAUGUGCCUCCGGCACCACCCGCUCCAAAUAUUAGUGGGUCAGCCUGGAACCAAUGGAACCAAUGGGAUAACUGGAAUAGCUCAACAUCGGGAAGCUGGGAAUGGGGCGGUGUGCCUCCUCCUGGUGUCACGGUAGGUCCCGAUGGGAAACCAAUUGGACUUCCAGCUGUACCAGUUGUACCACCAGCUCCAGCGAUAUCUACCACUACUGAUUUUAACACACCUCCACCUGCACCUUCAAUGUAUUCAUACAAUUCAGUAUCUCCCGCACAGUCGUAUAAUCAGGUUACUAACGCUUAUUGGUCCGGAGAGCCACCUAACACAGUACCGCCACAGCCACCUGGUUUUAUGAAGGGUAUAAGGCACAUGAGCAGAGCGUCUCACAUGAGAGGGAUAGACCCAGCUCGGUGUCGAGACGACAGAGAAAAGACACCGGAGGAGGACACCACUACGACUAUAGAUGCCGCGAAACGACGGCAGCUACCGGCAUGGCUUCGAGAAGGGCUGGAAAAGAUGGAAAAGGAAAAGCAGAAAGCUGUGGAGAAGGAAAGGCUGGAAAUUCUAAGGAAGCAGGAAUUGGAGGCUCGCAAGCAGGCCGAAGACGAGGCGCGCGCCGUGCUGGAUCCCAGCAAGAGCAAAUUCGAUUCAGACUCGGAGAAGGAAGCGGAGCAGGAUUUUGACACUGGUAGUGCGCGCGGCCAGCAAUCCGAAAAGAGCUACGAUCGCACCCCCGACAUUGUGCUACGACCGCGAAAGUCGCGAUUCAGAGACGCAGACUCGCCCGAAUCUCACACGGCCGCCGACGAGAGUCCGACCGCUGUGGCUAGCACGCCUCCUUCCGUACCGAAGCGUUCCCGAGAGGAGAUCAUGCAGGACAUAAUGUUGAUGGUACGUAGAUCGCUGACGGAGAUACUGUUAGAAGUGACGAAUGAAGAGAUCGGUGUGGUAUGCAGAGAAGUUUGGAGCCACGCACGUACCAAAGUCCCCGCAGGAGAGACCCCCGUCGCAUCCCUCAACAACAUGGCCCCUCUUGCUCAGAUCACUCGCAAGCUCGGUCUGGGCAUCUACGGCGACAGUAACAGUGAGUCUGACGAGGAGCAGAGCGAAUACGGGCAGGUUCAGGACGAUGACAGCGACGAAGAACUGAUGGAAACGGUGAGACGGCGGCAGCAGGCGUUCCGCAAGACAGAGGAGGAGAUCGAGGCGCGACUCGCCGAGGAGGAUGAGCGGGAAGAGCAGCAGCUGCGUUACGAGGAGCAGUAUAAUAAGCAACAGGAAAAUCAUACCGGUAAUACUAGCUGCAGAGAGUCAGUUGAUGAAAAAGAAACGGUAAAUAAUCAGAGAGAAGCGUCCGAAACUUUGUCGAGCGACGGCCAAAGUCCACAAGCGGCGACGGCGGCGACGACGCAGAAUAAUGCGCCGGCCGACAGCGCGACGAAAGCUAACAGCACCGUCUCGGGAUCGGCCGACUCCGAGUCGAGCAGCUCCGACUCGACGAGCAGCUCCGAAUCGAGCAGCCGUGAAUCCUCGAAGAAGACCAACAGCAAACGCUCGGCCAAGCAGCAGCAGCAGCAGCAGUCACGCGAGCGGGAACAUCGACGACGGAAGUCUAGGAGCAAGAGCAAGUUGCGAAACGACUCCUCUCGGCUGUCCAGAUCGCACUCCUCCGACAGCCGUUCCCGCAAACGCAGGUCGCGCUCGAGAUCGCUGACCAAGUCGCGCAAGGGCUACCGCUCGCGAUCCUCCAGCAAUCACAGGUCCAGCGGCGACGGCGCCGAUCGGAAGCACCGUUCACGAUCGCGCAACCGCAAGCGCGUCAAGUCACGAUCGGCGUCCACCGGCAGGAAGUGGUCGAAGAAAUCCCGUUCGCGCUCCAGGGAGAGACGACGAAGUCGGUCCCGCAGUAACGUGAAACGAAGGAGAAUGUCUCGCUCGAUGUCGCGCAGCCGCUCGAGGGGUUCGCACAGACGGUCGAGGUCUUAUGUUUCCAGGAGCCGGCGACGGAGCCGAUCGAAGUCGCGAGAUCGCAGUAGAAAAUCGCGAUCCAAGUCGAGCCAUCGCGACGGUAAGAAGUCGUCACAUCGGUACAGGAAUUGAUCCCCGCUUCGAGCCAAGGUUGUAUGUACAUUCAUUCUGAUAGCCUUAAUCUAUUUCACAAGAGCAAUAAGCUCCGCUUCUUGUACAUACUUACGGAGAAGAUGUGUUUUCCUUUCUUUUUUCUCUCCUUUUUCUUUACAGCGGCAGGAACCUCGAUAAUGUACCUUUCUUCGCGUUUAUCCUUCGAGCACUUUUUCUCUUUAACUUUACGAGUGAUCGAGACGACAAUAUUAGCGAAGGAAGCGACUGUUUACUUUAUGCGCGAACAAAAUUGCUAUUUUAGGAAUCGAGCGCGCUUAUUCCGUAACUUUUAACGUAUGCGUUACAAAUCUUUGCGCGGACACAAUAACUGCGCAACGAUAACCAAAUUUUCGUUACGAGUCACGGAAUAAGAGAGCGCGGGUCACUUAGCUCGGAUUCAUUAGUUGGAAGUCUAUGUAACCAUGUUCGUACUCCACAGACAAAAGAUCUUUUAUUUUCAUAUUUUUUUUUAUUUUUUUUAUUGUUAUUUUAUAUUUAUUUUCUUAUAUUCGCUGGAGAAAGAAAGAGAUUGGACGUCUCUAUAUUUUUAUUUCUCUCCUUAUGUACUUCGGUUCUGUGUUGGAAAAUAUGCAAAAUUCGUUAUUACAAAAUAGAUGACAAGUAGGGAAAUCUGCUCAAUUGGUUUCGAAAACUUACUGAUAACAAUUUAUUAAGCUGCAAUCAAAAGUUUACUACGUUUAAGUUGCACUAUGAAAGAUACAGUUAGGUACGAAGGUACAUUAUGAUUUAGCUAUAAGAAAUGAGAACAGCAUAAUGCGACGUCGAGGUUAGAUUCGUUAGGAUGCAUUUAAAAAAAAAUUGGCUGUCAUUCAUUUUAUAUCAUCAUCAGUAAUGCCCUCAGCGAUAGACUGAAACAAACCAAGGCAAUAAUACAUAGUUUCUCCAGAUUCUUUUUUUUUUUACACCGAUUUUUCACGAAAGACAUUCUAGAAAGUAGUUAUUAUAAAAUAUAAUUGUAAGUGUAGUUAUUGUUAUGUAAAACAUUGAUGCCGACGUGAAUUCGUUGAGUUCGUGUACUAUGAAUGUACGAUAACAACAUCUUUAUAUUGAUUCGCCAGGUUGAAUCGCGUAUACUUAAUAUAAGGAAUUGUUAUCGCAUACUUUUAACGUGUAUGUAAUUAUAUAUAUUAUACAAUACAUAAUUUAUAAUUAUAUAUGAAAAUAUAUAAUUAUAAUUCGAAAACAGAAGUCACAUCGAGAUAUUAUCGCGGUGAGCGAAUUAUUACCGGUGAUAAUUGGCGAUGGAUUAAACGAUACAUUCAAUUAUUAAGAAAAUUUCCAUUUCUAAUCAAUUUUUGCUACUUUUUCAACAUCGAGAUAUGAAACUUUUAUUGAAUCUUUGUUUGUUUCAACAAAUUCCGUUCAUUGAUAUUAGAUUUAUCGAAAUAUAAGAUGACAGCUAAUCGGUUUUCUUUUUCCAUUUCUUUUCAAUAUUAUGUCUAACUGCGUUCACACAAAUGAUAUCUAAGUCCAUAGUUGACUCGUGCAAUUCAAGUGAUAAGAUGAUGUAAUAUACGAACGACGUAUUUUAUAAUGUUGUUAUUGCGCCAAUAACUCGAAAUACUUUCGCUAAGUAAAUAAAUGACCGAUUGCUCCUUAUAACACGGCGAUCCGCUAGAAUGUAAAUCACAGAACGAAGAGAUUGAGAGAGUAUUGUUGAAACUUUCUUUCCUUUGUUCAAAGGUUUUGUUGAAACACGCCAUUGUAAAGGGAAAAAUGUAAUUAGGGAACGACCGUUCGUUCAAAAUUAAAGCGAGCAUGAGGACGAGUUUUAAUCUUCCAACUUUGUUUUAGACAUCAGAGUUAUAGAUCCUGGAUAGAAACAUAGUGCGAGUUUUGUACAGUGAAUUACGCGACAGACCCUUCAUCGCUCAAUAUUAAAUAAUCACAUGUUCAAUAUUAAUUAUAUAUGUACAUAUAAAAAAAAUAUAUAUAUAUUUACAAGUAAGCGUUAUACAAUUAUAAUUGUACUAACGUAUUGAAUUCGGAAAGCACUGAGUAGAGUAUGUGGAGAUUUGUAUUCUAUCGAGAAAUCAAAAUUUGUACUUCUGACACAAACGACUUAAGAAUUGAAAAGGUACAUUCGGAUUUUGCUAAGACAAAAAAGAAAAAAGCUACGCUACAAAAAAAUAAUAUUUUUCCAAAGUCAUUGAUCGAUGAUCGCGUAGAUUGAAUGUGUUACGCGCGCGCCAGCAUUUCGACCAGGAGUCCUAGAAAUCUUAUUUUGUUUCAGCAUCUUCCACUGGCUUCCACUCGGCUUCAACGAUUUCACUAUGAUUCAGUUCAUCAACGUAUCAGCGCAAUGUGUAUACAGUUACAUAUUUCGAAUAUAUCAUAUUCAAUCUUCUCAAAUAGUGUAUAAAACCGCAUGAUAUACAAUAAAUAAUGAUACACGUAAGGCGGUGUGUAUAAGUAUCGAUCGCUCGUGUGCGCUGAAGUUUCUCUCUUCUCUUCUUAAUAAUAAGAAGGAAAAGGAAUGCGAAGAAUCGUCGUGAGGCAACGUGUAUAAAUACCGACCACUUGUAUACAGAAAUGUCUCUCUCUCUCUCUCUCUUCAUUUCCUUCCUCAUAAUAAAAAAAAA